AUGUCGACCGCUGAACUUGCUGCCUCCUACGCCGCUCUCAUCUUGGCUGAUGACGGUGUCGAUAUCACUGCCGACAAGUUGAACUCUAUCAUCAAGGCCGCCGGUGUGCCAGACGUCGAACCUAUCUGGGCCACACUCUUUGCCAAGGCUCUUGAAGGCAAAGAUGUCAAGGAUAUGCUACUGAACGUCGGCUCCGGUGGCGGUGCCGCUCCAGCCGCUGGUGCAGCCAGUGGUGGUGCCGCAGCUGGUGGUGCUGCUGCAGCAGACGAGCCAAAGGAGGAAGAGAAGAAAGAGGAGGAGAAGGAGGAGUCCGACGAAGAUAUGGGUUUCGGUCUCUUCGAUUAA